GGUGGGGAAACAGCAGCAACUUCACGGACAGCGGUUUCUCUCGCGUCUUUCUGCCCUUGCUGUGGAGCCCGGGGGCCGAACCCCUUUCUUAAAGGCGCCGCCGGACCCAUGCUCCUUUUUUCUGCGUCACGACGAGAGAUUCCCCGCACACCUGGUACAAAGAGAGAGAGAGCCUCCAGUAUCAUUUCCAACGACACCAAAAAAAGGCCAACAUCUCAUGGUGUCGACUGAGCGCCUUUCCGUCCUCCUCGAGUCGAACCGAACGGUGCGGGGACUUGGACCGGAGCUAAGCCAAGCCAAGCUGCUUCGAGUUCUGUUUUCUUUUCUCCCCCCUCCUUUUUCUCUCCCCCUUCUUCGUUUUCGAUCCCAAUUUGACGGAAGCCACUCGUAGGGUGGAGUCGACCCCGUUUUCUCAACCGCUGAGAGAGGCUCAUCAUUCCCACGUUGCAGGAGUGUGUGCAGGUGACAGUCAUGAAGGACGGCAUGGCCAACAACAGCACUGCCAGUAUUUCCCAGGCUCGCAAAGCUGUGGAACAACUUAAAAUGGAAGCCUGCAUGGACAGGAUAAAGGUGUCCAAAGCAGCAGCAGAUCUGAUGGCCUACUGCGAUGCCCAUAUACGAGAGGACCCACUGAUCGUCCCAGUGCCUGCCUCAGAGAAUCCAUUCCGGGAGAAGAAGUUUUUCUGCACUAUCCUCUGAGACAAGCCCUGGACACAGCCUCUGUCCAGAGGAGACCGCACCCCUGGCUGCCAGCAGGGUUUGGAUUUUGAGGGCAGCCACAUCUGUUGUUGAGUCAGCUCCCUUCUGGUGGCCUGAAAUAUGAGGGGGUUAUUUUUAGAGGGUGGAGGGUUGGGGGGAUGGGGGAUUCAGUGUGGGUUUGGGGAGGUGAAAGCCACUCAGCUGACAAACCCGUCAGAGCUCCUCAUAUCUUGUUGAAUAGAUUUGUUAUUGCUUUGUAAUUAGAGAAACAAAAAAAACAGAAAAAACCUUGUGCUCGACUUGUAUAACAGGACAAGCAAAUACCCAUUGCUUGGUGGAUGGGAUGUGGUUGGUGGUUUAAAAUGUUUUUUUUUUUUUAUUAUUAUUUAUUUAUUUAUUUAUUUAAUAUUGCAGUUUCUUGGUCUCAUCCAUUCUAUUAUCAAGUACACUUAGAACUCAAAUUGGUCAUUUUAAGGUGAAUUUUAAGUGACUUCGAUUCAAGCUAUGUUUAGUACCCAUUUCCUGCACCGCAGAAAAAAAUGUUCUCUCAGAUAGCACAAGGUUGAAAUGAAUAAGUGCAGUACAUUAAAAUCAUUACAUGAAAGUAGCAUCAGCAGAAUACAAGUGAUUUUAUUUUCAGAUCACUGACAGGGUAUGGUCUAAAUUUGAAAAUAGCACAGCAUUCUUUGAACAUCCCUGUGUUUGUUAUCUUUUAGCGGGGGGAGGAUACAAUCAUAUAGAUGUAAUUUGACACUGAACAAGCUGAUGCCCCAUCUGGCACACAGAUGAAGGGAGGGGGGCAUGCAAAAUACAUGUGAGCUCUAGGACUAACUAGAUCACCCAGUUCAAUUGAAAACACACUUUAGAUUGCAUCAGUGCACAUUAACCAUGUUGAUAAAUCUGAAAGGACACUCAUUUUUACUACCACUACUAAAAAAUGCUAAAAUAUGUUUACUUGGCCUUCUCUCACUGUUUUUCACCUUUUUUUAAGCUCAUCUCCACAGAACUAUUGCAAGUGCAAGAACUAAAUUAUUUUUAGAAGUCACAUUAAUGCUGUGGAUAACAUUCUACAAUUGCUUAAUGGCCUUAUUUACAAAUGGGGUGUGUUCCAUGAUCGUUUUUGUAUCGUCUUGCCUGUUCUAAUGUGAACAGUUUGGAUCUUUGACUGAAAUGCUAAACUGAGGGCCUGCAUGUUCACCUGUUGUCUUGUCUCUUCUUUCCAAGGGACUGUAUGAAAUAGAAUGGAUAGAAUCAAGAGUUCCAAGUACUGUGACUAAGGCGUGUCCUCUACACUGUUAUUUCAUGAGCUUUUUCUUCUAUUAAAAAAAAAGCACAAUGUCAAGUGUAAAUUUAGUCUAGCCUUUGCUGAUUUAUACAGAGGUGUUAUUCUAUUUAAUGCACAGCACCUUAAAUUGCUUAAGGUGGUGCUUCUGCUUGUAUUAUACCCCUUUAUAGUGUACUCUGGUCAUUGUAAGACAUCACUUUUUUGAACGUAUGAUUUCAAGUAUUUGCAACAAUUUCCUGGCAGCUGGAUAUCCAGUGAAAGGAGAUGAAAGUACCAUUAAGUUUAACUAAGAUCAAUCAUAGAAAAGGUAAGGACAGACUUCAUUAAGCAACUUUCUAAGCUAGAAACUUCUCACAGGUACUGUAAUAUAUCCUUGAUGCCGUAUGUGUAAAUACAUUGCCAUAAAGUUUUAUGACAUUAGGGUUUGUUACAACUUAUGACGGUGGAUUUUCCACCAUACAGACCUGUGAGCAACUUGCAAAAUUUGAUGGAGAAAUCUCAUCUUAUUUCUAAUAUGAGUAUUAAAAGACAAUGUUCAUUAUUUUAAAAAUAGUUACUUGCAUGGAUCUAUUAUCCUAUAUAUAUUAGAUUUUUUUAGAUACCUUGUUAUUUAAAUAAUGCCUCUUAUAUGUAUGGAUUUGUUGGUGCUUUUCUGCACUUUUUUCUCUUUUAGCAGUUUGGAUGUGUAGGUUUGUGGAAUUGUACAAAUUAAUAAAGUGAUUUCAUAAUUGUCUGAAU